AUGUAUCAGGGUGCUGGGCUGGCCCAAGAACUAUAUAACCAGGGGUGGGCUAUCCCGUAUCAGGAUGUUGGGCUGGCCCAGAAACUAUAUAACCAGGGGUGGGCUAUCCCGCAUCAGGAUGCUGGGCUGGCCCAGAGACUAUAUAAACCAGUGAGAUGGGCUAGCCCAGAGACUAUGGACUAUGUAUCAGAGCAUCAGGCGAAAGGCUAUGGCUUUAUAUUAUUUGUGACCCCUGACACCCCCAGAUGGGUCAUGGGACAGACCAAAUACACUGACCCAGCUGGCCCAGCCCUCCUGAGGAUAGUAUUUGGAUGGCCCGGUUCGAAACUAUCAUGCACUGAGAUCCCAUCAAGUUUCUUGCAUUGGUACUGCCUCAUUGGUGCAUUCUUGGGAUUGAUGCAAUGGGUUGGUUGCCACUCCACACGUGAAGCACUCCCUGGAUCCCAUUGGCAACAUUCCUGGUUUCAGUAG